GCGGCAUUUCAAGUCAUCAAAGGUGAAAUACCCUCCUCCCUGCCUUUCUUACCCUGUCAUGUUCUACCUUCACACCCGGCUGGCUGGCUGGCUGGCUGCCCCUUCGGCCGUCCCCCAAUUCCAAUCUGAGUCUGCCGUUUUUUGUUUUUUUUCCCUCUCUCCUCGUGCGUGCUCCAUCCACGCCAUCUCCCCCUCAUCAUCCUCCUCCACCUGCCAUCCGCCUUCCGGUCUUCCACAUAUGCUUCUUCUACAUUCAACAACAACAAUAACAUAAACCUCCAUGGGCUCCAGACCUGCCUCUCUUUUGCCACUCUCGCCUGUCAAUCGGUUCGGUUCCGCCUCGGACACGAAUCUGGUGGCCCUGACCACUUUUGUUCGCCAGGUCAAGCCUGCCGUCAAAGCUACCAUUCAAUAGGUGCUGCCCGCCAUACGCGGCUUGCUUGCAUUCUGUCCCCGGGUCUUUGACCUCAUCUCACCUCACCUCACCUCACUUUACCUUACCUCGCCUCUCAUCACCCACUCACUUCAGACUUCGACACAAGUCACCGACUGUACCUCGGCUUUCGUCUCUCACCAUCUGUAACUUCUCAAGGUCGACAUCCAGCUUCGUCUUUGAAUUCGGCCCUCGUUCAGCGACAUUCCUCCCGUAGCCACACGUCUCAUUACUUUGUGUCACCACCGCUCCGCCGUUUCGCCUCGCUACCGUCCACAUGUCGACAACCCGAUUCCCCUGACCAACAUCACCAAUCCAUAGACACGGCUAUCCGGGCCCGGACAACCUGCAAGAGCCGAGUCCCGCCGCUUCGCUUCAGCUUGUCGCUCCGUCUCACACCUCGACCACGGACGGUUUCCAUCACCGCCUAACUCAACCGAACGCACGCCUGCCAUAUGCCCGCAGUCGGCCGUAGACCGAGUGACCAACCCAAUUUGCAGCUUUUUUUCUCACUUGCAGCAGCCAUCCGUGCCUUGUUUCUGUCUAAUGAGCCGAUCCGCCCAUCACGCAAACUUCCCACGGCGUCCAAUCCACUUGUAGCGCGACCAUGAACACAUUUGUUCGGCUCAGGUAAUUUUUCAUCACGACUUACAAGAUUGCCCACGACGGCGGGGCCAUCUAUGUCUUCCAGCCGUCUGUCUGGGAGCUCUCGACCUUUCUACCUUUCCGUAUUCCGCCGUCUCUGCCGCUGGACAUCCGUCUGGUCCCGGUAGACAAUACAUUCACUUCCGAUGGAUUUACCCAAGGGCUUUGUCAAGGAUGACAGGCGUAUCUAUGAGGACGUGGCGUCACUCACGCAACCUCUUCCCUCAGAGUUCAUCAUAAGAAUGUGGCGCCUGUAUACCACAACAAACCUCAAACUUGUUGAUCCCACCGCACGCCGUCUAGAGAACCUCUGGUGGCAUGUAAUGGGCAGCGACAGGUGUAAGCUGAAAGCAGCUACAGUGGCCAAAAUCUGGGAACACAUUUCCUACGGCCCGACCUUCGUGCCUCUCAGAGGCUCACCAAACCGCUGGGAGGGUCCCUCGGUACUUUUUCACACCUUGCCUGACACCAGCUCUACUUAUGCUGAUUCCAAUGCACAGACACCUCGAUUCAACAGUCAGCACGAGUCUGAUCCGCUUCUCAGUGCUCAGCAGAUGAACCAGGAUAUAAAGAUGAUAUCGGAACAGUCAGCUCUCAAGGAGCUCUCUGCUUCAUCAUCCCGGCCCCCGCCGCCGCAUCCGAUUCUUAAAAAAAACAGAGGGGAUUCGAAAUCCGGGCCCCGUCCAACUGCUCGUUUCGUAUCGCCACAUGAGUCUACCGAUGAGGACUACAAAACCAGUGAGGGGACGUCGUCGGGUAGCACGGCUGCCAGUGGCUUGGAAAUGCGCAUCUCAUCAGCAGCAUCUCCAACGAAAUCGAACAAAAAAAAGGCCUCAGUCCCAACCAAACGCUUUGUCGCCUCGGCCGCGAACAAGAGGAGACCGAUUCUCCCAAGAAGAAUGAGUUCGCAGUCUUCGACAGGUUCCGACGUCAUGGUCAAGGAGACUGGUUCUGCAAACGGAACCAAACACGCUGGAACGUACAACGUGACGCCGGUUCAUGCCGAACAGAGCGCCGCUCAGAGUGUUCUUGGUUCCCCAGGAAUCGAAGCGCCCCCCAGCGCCAAAGCGUUAGGGAAAAGGCCUGUUAAUCGAUCCCUGCCAGAAACGCCAAACUUGUUGAAGUCGCCUCCUGCCGUUGAAGUACAGCAGAGACCGGCUGUUGUUCAGGCAGGUCGGCGAGCGCCCGCGCCCGCGCCGCUGAGCAAAUCUAUCGCCGAACGGCCUGGACACGAGGGAAGCAGGGCGAAGAAUGAAGGCCCCAGGACACCCACAAGCAUCUCAGCUGCAUCGCCCUCGUUUUCAUCACCACGGAUCGGGUCUUUCUCAUCUUCGCGCUCUGCGUUCUCGGCCCCACGCAUGGAGCGAACAAGCUCCAAUUCGGAAACGUAUCGGCCGCGAGAGGUCAGUAUAGGUCGCGGUUCUGCAAAAGGGCUGCUCUCGAGCGCUACGGCGAGCACGUCGAAUAUCGCGGCCAUGGGUCACAUCUCGAUAUCUGACGAACCAGACCGGCGUGCUUUGGAAGCCUUGGGAACCUUUCACGAGGAGCCAGGGGGUACCCCUCGGCGAACUUCAUCGUCGUCACAUUUCGCGCCUACCAUGCCGAGCUCUACCCCCGACGUGCCGCUGGCCCGUACGAGAAGCCAGCUGACUCUGCUCCUGGAGCGAGAGAAAGAGCGCAUUGGCGACAGGCAGAAACAGAGGCCGUAA